GCUCGAAAGGCUUCUCAAUGCUGGGGAGGAUCGGGGCGAGAAGGUGGUACGACCGAAGCUGUGGUCGGGGACAAGAUUCGCCCCUUACGCAGCAAAGACGCUGGAAGUCUUCCUCCGCAACCUGCAAGUGAUGGAAGACGCCCUGGAGCAGCAAAUCAAAUCAGGGGACACCGAUGGCAGCGAACAGCGAGAUCUCCGGCUGCUUCGAGACCCGACGUUCGUGACCAAACUGGCAGCCUUGUGCGACAUUUACGGCGUGCUCGCGGAGGGCAGCAAGUCGCUGCAGAACCUGCAGGUUCUCCCCUGGGAGCGACAGAGGAUGUUCUCCACGAUGCUGGAUAAUUUCACGGAGAUGCAGGACGCCGUGGAGUUGGACGACGAAGGCGAGCUGAAGAAGAGGUGGCCGGUCUUGUCGUCACUAGCAACUGUCGCCGAUGAUCAGCUUGCAUCGAUUCUGAAGUUCGUAGCGGCCCUCUGCGACAGAGCGCGUGCCCGCAGUCGCGGGCUUGAUGUAAGAGGGAACGCGAAAGGAGCGAUGAACGGCAAACUGCAGUGGGCCGUAAGCGAUGCCAAGAUCAUCGCCGAUCUGAAGUCUCUCCAACAGGUGAGGAAUGUCGACUGCCUGAAGAGCGUGCGACGCAGCGUCGAAAACCUCGUCAGCCAGCGCAUGGUGCCAGUCAGUGCGGCCGUGGACGAGGAGGACAUUAUGACCGUGUAUCGGUUCCUCACCGGCCAGCCAGCGGGGGCGAGCAACCAGCAGUUGCUGCAGGCCCUGCUGAAGGAGGCCACCGACAGCCGCACGUUCGAGCGGUACGCCCACUUAGUCAUCAGGCUGUGGCUACUGAGUCCCCCAGAGUCCGUAGUGGAGAGCAUGGCGAGUGUGGUCGGGGACAUAUACGGCGUGCACAGGCAACUCGACCACCGCAAUGCCGAGCGUGAACUGAUGAUUCGCUGGAAUGGGCCUGAUGUGCACCACAGUGGGGACCUUGUUGAGGCCGUGCAGUGCCGAUAUAACAACUCCUUUGUAAGAGGGUCUGUAGACGCAAGGACGGCUAUAGAGGGGACGGUUGUCAGGCGGCAUAAGAGUACAACAUGCCGCAGGACAACUGUCUUCAGGUGAGCAAGCUAUAGAGCCUACUUCGAUGCGUCGCCAACCCAAGUUUUCCGAAGACUAUGUACACAAUUAGAAAUGGUAGGAGGUGAAGUCUGAUAGAAUGCCCUGGAAUUGGAAAUGGUUUUUGCUUUCAAGCAUGGAGCUACUGAAUUGCACCAACCUUUUCUCGCUUUACAUGCAGUCGACAUUUGCCAGUGGCGGCCAGUGCUGUUACAGCUGCGGUCGUGCUGGGAUAUCUGGGCUGACCGUUAGCGAACGGUAGGUGUACCUACCUACAUACGGUAUCAUUUGUAUCAUAUUUGUAUCGCCUUGGCGUGCUGACCAUAACAAUGGAUUAGGCUGGGGGAGAGAAACGUUCUGUUGUUUUGUCUGAUUGUCUGAUGAUGUCUGUCUGAUUGUCUGUUGUCUGAUUCUGUUGUUUUUGUUCCAAACUAGACGGAGUUUCAACUAAAAGAUGAUUAUAUUGUUUUUGUUCAUCAAAAUGUCAAAAUGUAUAGACAUUUUAAAAGAAUAAGGGCCCAAAGUUUAUAUAAAUUGGUGUAGAUUCGGGCAUUGGCCCAUGAACUAACAUGUUCUUCCCUUUCAUCUAAGCGCAUUUCCGGAACAUGACUGUAUUGGGCUUAUAGGUAAUGCGCACCACUGUGUCCGUGUUUGUUUCUCUUGAACAUUGAAUACACGUUGUCGGUCA